AUAUCGAAAGAGAAGCGAAAAAACAGAGGCACGUACAGACAGCUCAGUUUGUACAUGAGAGCCAGUUUCAGAUUUGGGAUACAGCUAAGUUCUUUUUUUUUUUUUUUUGAAGUAUCGAGGAGUUGCAGGAUCCUACGGUGGGUGUCACCGCAUGCUAACAAUUCUCCAACGUAACAUGUUGCAUCAGCAUCACCGAUCCCCGCAGAAUAUUGUGUAAUCAGACUAGUCACUAAUCUCUUUGGUUGACAAUAAUAGUCAAAAUACCAGUGAUUGUUGCACAGAAAAUUUGCCCAUGUAUUUAUACCUCAGCCCACCAUGAAAUUAGAAGGAAAUAAAGUGACUUUUCGACAUUCAAAUAUUGGUCUUGAGCCUGAAUCUCAAGCGUUUGUGUUCAUUGAUGAUGAUCAAGUUUCCGAUGGAUACAAAUUACAAAACCAGAAAGUGAAGGAAUAUGAGAAUGUAGUUCCUGCCUUUUUAGAGAACAAUGAACAAGGUUUAGAUUCAUCACAAUACAACAUGGAGUCAGCUGAUUGUAUGAAAAAUGAAUAUGAAGCAAAGGUAAAGGACAUAGUUGAGCCAGUUUCUCAUUCUUCCAAGGAUAUGGAGUCAUUUAUGAAGUUUCCAAAUGAUGUAGAAUCAGUUAAAAGGUCCCUUACUUCACCAAUCUCUAAUCCUGCAGAGGGAAGAGACUUGCCUAGGAAUUCUGUGGAUGGUUACAUGGACAAAACUGUCACAGAAUGUGAACCACACCUAGAAGUGUGUUACAAAGAGAGUAAUUAUCAUGUUGUCAAGGACAUCUGCGUUGAUGAAGGGGUCCUUAACAAGGAUAAGGUCAUGUUUGUGAAUACUGUUGAUGAAAAGGCUCACAAUUUCUUCCAUUCAGAGAGUUACGAAAAUAAAGAAAAGCAGAAAGACAACACCAGUAUCAAGGCACUAAGCCUAACACCAACAGAGGAAAAGGCUCACAAUUUCUUCCUUUCUGAGAGUUACGAAAAUAAAGAAAAGCAGAAAGACAACAUCAGUAUCAAUGUACUAAGCCUAACACCAACAGAGGAAAAGGCUCACAAUUUCUUCCCUUCUGAAAGUAAAGAAAAGCAGAAAGACAACACCAGUAUCAAUGUUCUAAGCCUAACUCCAACAGAGGAGUCUGACGAGGUUCAUGCUAAUCAUGACCAACCCAAGGGUUUGAUGCACAAGGAUGGGGACGCAACUGAAAAAAUUUCUGGUAAUGUCAACAAAGAGAUGAAGCCUUUACCAGAAGACAAAGUUUUGUUGCAAGAUUUACUCACUGAGGAUUCUGUAUCUUCUGAUGACAAGGGUGAACAGAUCUCCAAUGAGCCUGAAUUGCACUCCCAAUCAGAAGGCUCCAAAAAUACAGUUGAGGAAGCAAUAUUGGAAAGUCCUUCUUUGGCAUUGGCAGAUGAUGAAUCAAAUAAUGAUAACAUGCUUUCAGAGAAAGAAAGCUCCACUCAUCAAUUGGAUCCUUCACGUCCUUCAGAUUGUGGUAAAGAGGAAUGCCACCAAGCUGGUGUUUGUAAAUGUGAUGAAAUUCAACAAACAAUGAAGCCAGUAGAAGGGAAGUCCGAUGAUCAGGCUGUAACUGGCCACAUUCAUCACAGCUUAGGCGAGGCAAGUUUCUCUUCCAUUGGCCCCAUGUCGGGUCGAAUAAGCUACUCAGGGCCGGUACCUUAUUCUGGCAGCAUCUCUCUUCGAUCAGAUAGCAGCACUACCAGCACGCGAUCCUUCGCAUUUCCCAUAAUUCAAUCUGAAUGGAAUAGCAGCCCGGUCAGGAUGGCGAAAGCCGACAGGAAGCACUUCCGAAAGCAACGGUGGUGUUGGAGGGAUGGCUUUCUAUGCUGUAAAUUCUGAUAGUAGUUUCAUUUUUAAUAGGUUAAAGAUUAAUAUAUAUCAUUUAAAUUCUACCUUGAGUAUCAUGCUUAUACAUCAUCUUCCUAGCUGUUGAGUAGUGUGCAGUAGGUUUAGAAUGGCCAGUCAAUGCUCCUAAAUGUUUGCAGGCAAAAGUAGUCGUUUUAGCAUAGCUUUCAUCUGAUUCUCUCCUUUUCUCUUUUUGCCUAUACAUGGUUUCAUUGAUUUUUUUAUUUUAUCUCAAUUACAAACAAUUAGUAGUACAUAUUAAAUUUGAAUCUUUUUACGUA